UUUGCUACCAGUUCAGUUCUUACUCAGCUAGAGUUCGUCGUGUUACGAUUUAAAUUUUAAAUUAGGACAUUAAGAUAUAUAUUUUUGGCUUGUGCUGUGUAGAAAAAUGGCGUUCCUCGAAGGACCAUCUCUAAAACAGGCGGAAAUGAUCAAACUAGAGCUGGGAGAGGGACCUGGAGAGUUAGAGAGGGGGGUCAGGGACCUCCGUAGUAUGUGUGCGGCCAACCCUUACUUACCACAGCCAGAAUCAUUAGAUACGCACUUGCUGGAAUCAUUUCUCCGAGGUUGCCGCAUGGACUUCGAGAGAGCUCGGAAAAAAUUAGAAACAUUUUGCUAUGCGCGCUCACGUUUCAGGGACCUGUAUGAAUACCGCUCCCUCACCGAGCCGCCACUCAACGAUGUAUGCAAAUUUUUAGACAUAGUUCCUCUACCUAAGCUGACAGACGAGGGCCUUCGCGUGACCAUCUUCAGGGUGAGACCGAACUACCCAGAGAAUGCAACCGACAUAACAGCUGCUGUUCGCGCCAUUCUUCUCAUUAGUGAUGUCCGCAUGCACGAUGAAACGCUCAUCGCGGGAGAUGUUUUUAUUUGGGAAGCUUCACAUGUGCGUGCGUCGAUAGCAGCCCGGGUGGCAGCCGCAGCCGGCACAGUACGUCGCAGCAUACAACUCGCUCAAGCAGCGUACCCACAACGCAUGCGCCGAAUUCAUGUAGUCGGAGCCCCCGCUCUUGUCGCCUCUUCCCUACAUCUAAUGCGCUCUUGCGUCAACGAGAAAGUCCGAAAACGGUAUUACUUACAUUCAAAAACUGAAGAGUUAUUGGAUCAUUUUUCGACGCGAGUACUGCCCGUUGAAUGGGGUGGUGAAGAAGAAUCCAUCGAAAUUCUUACAAAGAAAUGGCGACGUCGUGUUGACGAAGUGCGAGACUACCUUCGCUAUCUUCGCGAGCUGUGUGACGUCACUCCGGACGCUUCGUAUGAUGCAGAUAUAUAUGGCGCAGUUGGUUCUUUCAGAAAACUCGAUAUCGAUUAAUUACCACCACUAAACAUACUAAUCAAGAAUAAAACAGUGAUUUGAAGAAAAUAUGCUUGUGAAUGAAAAUGGAAUUAAUAUUUUAAAUAAAAAUACUUCGUCGUUUGUCAAAAUGUGAAAAUAGGUAAUAUGAUAAUAUUUUCUUUAAUAAUACAAAUAUCCAGCCAAGACUUCUUUAUGGGUAAAAACCGGCCAAGUAGGAUUAGAAAUAUUAAAAUUUUAUAUCAUCGUGCGAUUCGUGCGACGGCAUGAUUCUGAACAUCUUUGUGAAUGUUUAGUUUUAGUGUAAUUUGUAGGAUUAAAUUUAAUUAGAUCAUAAUUAAAACUAGUACGUAACUAUUAAGUAACUCGUUUUUUUUUAAUAAUAAA